AUGACCGAAAAAAAGGACUAUGCAAAUUCAAAUUCGCAUCAUGUCCAGCAGUUAUCAGAAAUAAAGACGCCGUGGAAAUCUAUUUAUGUUAUUGGCGCUUGCUCACUUGCACAAUCCGCUCAGUUUAGUAUCUUUAUCAGUUCAAUGUGGCCAUAUUUGAAAACAUUGGAUCCAGAUGCAACUGAAACGCAAUUUGGCUUCAUCAUGACUUUGUACAGCCUUGCCUCAUGUAUAUCAGCACCGUGUCUUGGAUACUGGAGUAAUCGAAUAGAGCAGGUGGAAAUUCCACUGCUGGUCAGUUUUUGUUUUAUGGUGAUAGGAAACGCUUUGUAUCUGUCGUUAUCAUUUGCCACUCCUUCUUGCGCAGGUGUAGUGAUGCUCGCUGCAAAGUUCAUUCAAGGGCUUGGAGAAGGCAACACGUCACUUUUGCGAGCCUAUGUUUCCGCUUCAUCGUCAAAGGUAGACCGUUCUCGAGCUCUCGCUUGUGUCAGCGGUGGAACCGCAAUUGGCUAUUUGAUAGGGUCAGCGUUUCAAUUAUUUUUCACUCCUCUUGGGGCAAAAGGAGUGGACUUGUUGCCCUUUUACCGCAUCCACAUAUACAAUGCUCCUGCACUGUUCUCAUUCACGAUAAGCAUUGCUGGCCUUUUCAUUGUGUACUUCUUUCUUGAGGAGAACUAUGACGUUCUGGAAAGUGAUGCUGCAAAGAUGACAAAGGAGCUGCCUUCGCCAUGUCUUAUUGCAGUACUUAUUUGUAUUGUAACUAGAUUUGCUCAAAUUUUUGCAACAUCAACUAUUUCAACACUUGGAUCUGCCUUUUCAAUGUUGAUGUUCGAUUUCGACUAUGAACAAUCUGUAGCGAUCAACACCGUCGCUCAAUUAGCGGGUGGAAUUAUUGGUGCAACGCUGAAUAUAUUUUUUAUUUUCUUCAAUCUCUCAAGCUGGUGA